UAAAGUGGUGGUCAUCCGUCGGUUAGCUUAAAGUACAAAAUUUCACUUUCAAAAUGAAAGGACUUAUUUGGGCGGCGUUGUUAUUCUUCACCUUGAGCAUAGCUCACACAAAACAGGUCGUUGUUUGCUACUACGGAACCUGGGCGACACACAGAGCAGGUCAGGGCAGGUUCACCGUAGACCACUUAGACCCACACCUCUGCACACACCUCGUAUACGCGUUUGCUGGCAUUAAUACGCAGGGGCAGGUCGUAUCAAUGGAUCCGAAACUAGACUUAGCCGAAAACGGUGGUGCAGACAACUAUGGACUUUUUAAUGAAUUGAAACGAAAGAACCCAGCACUGAAAACCCUUUUGGCUGUUGGAGGUUGGAAUGAAGGAUCAGCUAAAUUCUCUAGGAUGGCAGCUAGUCCGACUCUACGAAGGAACUUCAUCAACAGUGCUAUCUUAAUGAUGAAUAAGCAUGGCUUUAACGGUCUUGAUAUUAGUUGGCUGUAUCCCAAUCAACGAGAAUCGCCCAACAAUCAAGCUGACGUAAACAACUUCUCUGUACUCCUUAAGGAACUGAGAGUAUAUUUUGAUGAACGUGGUCUGUUACUAACUGUUGCUGUAUCUGGAGCUCAAGAAGCGGCAUCAAAAUCGUAUGAUGUGGCAUCAUUGGUGCAAUACGUACACUUAGUAAAUUUGAUGGCACAUGACUUGCACGGUCCUUGGGAUCCGUUCACUGGUCACAAUGCCGCUCUUCGUAAAGGAGACGACGUAGCAGAAAGUGUUCCAAGAGAAAUUUUGCUCACUGUUGACGUGGCUGUGGAGUACUGGUUAAGUAAAGGCUGUCCUCCGGAAAAACUGGUCCUUGGAGUACCAUUCUUUGGUCAUACAUACAGAUUGAGAUACGCCAGGAUCAACGGUGUAAAUGCUCCUGCCACUGGACCUGGUAUCUCGGGUCCUUUCACGCACCUCACAGGUGCUAUUGCAUAUUUUGAGAUAUGCAACAUUAUUCGAACGCAACACUGGACUGUCAAAAGGGAUACAUUGGCAGCAGUGCCUUAUGCUUUUAGCGCCGAGAACUGGGUGUCUUACGACGAUACCGCUUCCAUAAGAGCAAAAGUGGAAUUUGCCCGAAGUCACAGGUUAGCUGGUGUUAUGACUUGGAGUGUAGAGAGUGAUGAUUUUAACAACGUUUGCGGGGGAGGCAAAUUUCCCCUUCUGAAUAUGAUUAAUGAUGUUCUAAAUGAAGAAUCUGAAAUUGUUGAUAAUAAUAGAACAACGGAAGCAACAACUGAUAACAAUGCAACAACAGAAUCCACUAUUGAUGACAAUAAUGGAACAACAGUAUCCACCAGUGAUGAUUCCACAAUAGAAUUUACUAUUGAUAAUAAUGGAACAACAGCAUCCACUAUCAAUGAUAGUAAUUUCACAACAGAGGCUAAUAAUGGAAUAACAGGAUCCACUAUUGACGAUGAUGACUUUACAACAGAGCCAUCUACUAAUUAAAGCUCUUCAAGUACAAACGCAAGCAACACUAACGAUUGAAUCCACAUCAGACGUUACAUCUUCAACAUAGAUGUAUGAAGAUCCCCAUAGGGGCAUGAUCUGCAAAGCUGACAGCCAUACUCAAACUUAGGACUCAAAUUCAAAAUCAAUUAUUCAGUUUAGGCUGUUACAAGCACUCAUGAAUGUCUAGAAGCUACGCCAUCGCUUCGUGAAUCUACGGCGUACACCUUGCGAAGAACCGGCACGAAACUCAGCAAGGGUUAUAUUUUUCUCCCUGUGUUACUAUUGACAGAGUCCUCAAGUUGAAAAAACACUUAAGAGAUUACCUUGUAUUACAUAAUGUUUAAGAAUCUGAAAUUAUUUACGCUUCAUUUGUCACGUGUUGUCUAAUUAUAUUUUAAGUUUAAGUAAUAAACUAUUUUUUUUACAAAUCAUAAUUUUUUUCAUACCUACGCUGGUGGGGUAACUUAUGCCACCUUUGGAGAAAUUUAAAUUAGGGUAAUAAUGACCCUUCAAAGAGGACCGCAGGGACCUGUGUUUCAGGUGCGGGAAGGCGGGACAAAGCCGACACUGAUCUCCUACUCAUAGGUAUUCAGUUCA